AUGGCUUCCCCGCACCGGAUCCAUGGCCAGCAGGUGCGACAGACGGUGGCGGGCAACCCGUUCCCGCGUACGGCGAGGCCGCAAGGGAGUAUGGGCAUGGGCAUGGGCAUGGGCAUGGGCAUGGGCAUGGGUCAGGUGACAGCGGUGGAUGAUGCUGGUGAGCAGUGCGAGUACGGGGCGAUGAAGGAGGCGCUGCAUCAGCUGUAUGAAGAGGUGGCGGCGCAGAGGUUGGCGCUCAAGGCGCUCGAGGCUCGCAAGGCUACCGAGGUUCAGCUGGUCGAGAAUGCACUGACGCUGGCGGCAGCCCGUGACAAGCAAAUGUACCUUGAGGGGACUGAGGCUCUGCUGGCGGCCAUCGCGGACAAGGAGGCGUUUAUCUCGUCGCAGAUCGAGGCUGCCAUGGUCGCGGUCUCGUUGGCGGCUUCGCGGGCCGAAGCUCAGGCUGCCGACGAGGUCGCCCGCCUUGCGGCGGCGCUGGAGACUGAAAAGGCUGAUCGGGCUCGCGAGGCCGACGCCCUUGCUGCCGCUGCCUCGGCACGCAUUGCAAGUUUGGAGGACGCGAUCGCUGAGGAGCGCCGUGCCCGCGAAGAGUCCGAGGCAUCUCUCCUCCGUAUGACCGACGACCUCGUCUCGCGGCUACAGAAUCAGCUGGACGCUGAGCGCGCCGAGCGUGCCGCCACCGAGGAUGCCUUGCUCAAGCUCCUCGAGCAAGCUGCCUCGGCGACUGUGCGGCACUAA